AUGAUGAAGGCUCACGUGAAGAUACAGCUCAAGUGCAGCGGCGACCGUGGCGGUUGUAGCCGUUGUCUGGCGUCGUCUGCUGAAUGCACCUACGACCCAGAAGGGGAUGGCUACGGGAACGGCAGCACGAUCGGUAGAAGCAAAGGGCCCACAAAGCGGCGGCGGCGGCAGAUUGUGCCGCGAUCAUCCUCCACCACUGACAACGACAGAUCCUCAACUAUGAACCAGCAUGACAGGACGAGUGUGGAUAUAAACGGCCCUUCUCGACGGAGACGGGAUGGGGAGAACGGGGGUGGAACACGGCCGGAUGGCAACGGUUGGAAUAGAGAAGGGCGCCGGACAUCACCCUCUGCCCCACCGGACUCGACCAAGAGCGCUUCCGCGCGUCUUGGGUCCUCUUCGGACGCACCGGCCAGUACCGAGUGGUCUAGUGAUUUUUUUGAUUUCAACGACUUCACAAAUCUCGAUGGGGAGUCACCCACCUUUGGCCCUGGCAGUAUCAACUCACUUGUCGACGGAACCCCGAUCAACGCCAUCUUCAAUAUGGCCCCAGAACCGCUACCCGCCCACUCCCAGCCGCCCAACACCGCCGCGAGCGCCCUUUCCACAUCAUCAACCACGGUGUCGGUGCCCGAGAGCCCCUCCACCUUGACUGCCCACGACUCCAGGCUAAGUUCUCGGCGGCCUUCACUUGGACUCACCUGUCCAGGUAGCGGGUGCCAAUGCCUAACCACCCUCGCUGGUAUCCUUGAAAGGCUCGGACGCUUCCGCUUAGGCGACAAGCCCAAGACCGUUAGCAACCUGGACUGUCUGCUUUUCUGUCUCGGCAGUGGCGUCAGUGCGUGCAACAAAGUCCUUGGGUGUAAAAUCUGCAACGCUUGUCAGGAACACUCGAUACUACUGGCAACCAUCGCCAAACAGCUGGCCCACGUCUGCAACGACCUGUGUGGCUGCAUCCUGGUACACCAACACAAGAUUAGAUUGGCUGCAAAAACCGAGGCGCCAUCGACAUCGUCGUCCUCGUCUUCAUUUCCCGGAGACCCGAACAGUGGGUACCCGCAGCCGGAGACCGAGGGCGAAACGCUGGUGGAUGGCGAGAUCUCGUUUGGGCGCUACCAGAUCCAAGGAGUCGAAAUGCGCCUUCGGCUCAUACAAAAUCUUAUGUCACUACAUAUGAAAGAUCUCUUAGCGCUCCUGGACCAACUGUUGCAGCGCAUAGGUCAAGUGGAUGGCGCGACCGGUGUGUUGACCGAGGCGCGCAAGACAGCGUACACAGCUCAUUGGAUGCUGCAGCGGCUCCAGUCUCAGCUUUAA